UAACGCGUAAACAAGUCAUUUCAAUCACGAAUUGCGAACACUCACUGAUUUGUUGAUGCUGUUGUUGUUUUAUUAACGAUCAAUUAUUAUAUCUAAAUAGAUCAGUUUAUUUACGGAUUUUGUUUUUUUUUUGUCUAUUAAAUCGCGUCAAACGAUUUAGAACGGUGUAUUGUGCGAUAGUUUGCAGUGUUAAGAUCGAUGUUAGUUUGAAUGCAUUCUGCCUUUUCAUUGGGCGAUUGUGACAUAGAGAAUUAACGUGAACGGUGCAUGGGACCCACAUUUUGGAGAUAAUUUUAAUUGCAUUUAGCUGAUUUCAUCGUAUUUAUUAAUGAAUCGUGAUUGAAUUUGAAUCGGCGCCCAAACAAAAAAGAACAAGAACACAAACUGUUAUCGAUUUCACAGUGUGAAGAAUUAUUCGAUAUGUUUCUAAAGGCAUAUUUAACCGUAGUUUUAGCGAAUUUGUUGGCUGGUGUAAUGUCAUUGGUUCCGCAAGCCGAAGACAAACAAGAGCAAGAGACUGAUGCAAGCAUUCUAUCGUAUGCACCGGGAUGGGGCCACCCAGGCUACGCUUUCAGUUAUGGCGUUAAAGACUUGCACACGGGCGAUGUGAAAUCACAAUGGGAAUCGCGAGAUGAAGGCAUUGUAAAGGGUCACUACAGUGUUCUAGAGCCGGACGGUUCAAUUCGUUCCGUUCACUAUACGGCGGAUGGUAAAAAUGGAUUCAAUGCAGUUGUAAAAACACACGGUCCAAAUCAUCAUCCAGUUCAUGAUCCACACGGUGUUGCAGUAGAUGACUCAUCGUCACAAUCGAAAAUCAAUCAUUUCAGUGAAGAUCAAGAGCACAUUGUGUUGAGCUCCGAUUUGAAUCCACAUAAAAAGCCAAUUAUCGAUUUGAAUACGGAUGAAAAAGAGGUGCCAUCGUUGUUCGAAAUCAAACCGGGUGUUGAAAAAUACCUUAACAAACAUGAACGUCCACGCUGGAGCUCGUACACAGAAACUGGUGGCAAUAUUGAACACAUAAGUCAAGGCGGGUAUCAUGCACCGCCGAGACCAUCGCAUUCUGUUCAAUGGAAGAUAAAUGAGCAUGGCCCAAGCGAACCAUUCCGUACCAAUGAAUUUGAUGAUGAUUUCCAACCCAGCUAUCAGUCCAUAGGACGACCGGAAAUCAAACACAAUUCACCAUUCUCAAAGUUUCGGCACAACAACGAUGAAUUUAUCGUGUCGGAAUACGGUCGCAACAAUUUGUACGAUUAUCCAAAACGGCCCGGCUCAAGUACCAGUGUCGAUCUCGAGUAUGAUGCCUUCCCGAGCAAUUAUUACAAUCGAAGACCAUUUAUUGCACGCCAAUCAAAAGACAAUAAAAUCGAUGAAACUGUCAAAAAAUACACGGUGGUCAGCAGCUCAAAAUUGCAACCAGUUUUUGUGAAAAAUCCCACACCCAUCAAUGGUGUCAAUUGCCCGCCGAAUAAUAAAAAUUGUAAUCUUCGACUUCGACCGAAAGCCGAUUACAACAGUUACUUUCGACCGGUCAUCAAGCGAAUCACAACCACAACGUCUGACGAUUCAGAUGAUACUGAACAAAAAGUAGCUUCAUCACGAAUGGUAAAAACACUAUUGCCACCCAGUCCUGGCUAUUUUCCGGUCUAUGCAAACGCCAAUAAAAACUAUGUAAGAGUUUAAUUUAAAAGCAAGCAAACAAACAAAAACAAAAUAAAAAUAGAUUGAAAACCGCUUUUUUAGUAGAUAGUUGGAAUUUUUACAGCAACAAAAUGUGUGUUGUAGACGACAACGUACUCCUUUGAUCAAUGAUCCCUUUCAAUCAAAUUAAUAUAUGUUUUGUGUCACUAAUCGUAAGAAUACUUUAUGGAAUCAAUUUGUAACCAAAUGUUCAAUUUAAAAUACGACUUCGUAACACAAUAUUUAUAAAUCGAAAAAAAAAAUAAAUACUGACGGCAAACAACCGAAACGGU